UUAUAAGUCUCACAAUCUUCACUUCAAACACACAUACACACCAGAUUCAUUUUUGCUUGGAUUACACGUUAAAGGACAAACAUGAAGAUGUGUGGCAGUCUUCUGUUUGUGUUCCUCUGUUUCUUUGUUGCUUUACACCCCUCCAAUCAAACAGACACCAGCUCCUUCCUUAUCUACAACGAGGACCAUGACAGAUGCGUGAAUGUGGUUAGUGCUAAUGUGGUGCAGACGGCUUUGUGUGACAAAUCCUCUGAAGCUCAGCGUUUCCGAUGGGUUUCCUCUUCAAGGAUUGAAAGCGUCUCUCUGAAACUCUGCUUGGGUGUCCAGAGCAUCAACGACUGGGUGAAAAUUCUCCUGCUGCCCUGCAAUGAAAACAGUCCACUACAGACCUGGGAAUGUAAAAAUGAGACGCUGUUUGGCUUAAAGGGGCAGCCGCUGCAUCUGAAUUAUGGCAAUCAUAAUGAGACAAGUAUGAUGUUGUUUAAAGGAUCUGGUAUCUGGAGCCACUGGCAGAUUUAUGGGACCAAAGACAAUCUAUGCUCUCGUGGAUAUGAAGAGAUAUUUACCAUAGGUGGAAAUUCGUUUGGGAGACCGUGCCAGUUCCCUUUUAAAUAUGCUGAAAAUUGGUACACUGAGUGCAUCUCGGAGGGCAGAUCAGAUGGCCUGCUGUGGUGCGCCACAGAGACUGACUUCAGCAAAGAGAAUAAGUUUGGAUUCUGUCCAACUAAUUCUGACUUAAACUGGGAUAGGGAUCCAGUAACCGGUGUGUUGUAUCAGUGGAACACACAGUCAGCACUCACCUGGUAUCAGGCUCGAACCAGCUGCCAGCAGCAGGAUGCGGAUCUUCUCAGCAUCGAAGAACUGCAUGAGCAGACUUACAUAUCAGGUGUGACAAAUAGCUUGAUCUCAUCAUUGUGGAUUGGACUUAACAGUCUUGAUGUUGAGAGUGGCUGGCAGUGGAGUAAUGGAAACCCAUUCAGAUAUCUCAACUGGGCUCCUGGUCACCCCUCAGUGGUGCCGGACCUGAACUGUGCAGUGUUAAACACUGCUAAAGCAUCUAAGUGGGAGAGUAUGGCCUGCAGUAAGAAACUAGGCUACAUCUGUCGCAAGGGCAAUUCUACAUAUUUAACUCCUCCAGCAGGUAAGGAUCAGCCGACCUUCUGUCCAGCGGCGUGGGUUCCAUACGCGGGUCACUGUUAUUACCUGCAGCGCACUAAGAUGAUGUGGAGCGCUGCGUUAGCGGCAUGUCAUAGAGGAGGAGGAGAUCUGGUCAGCAUACACAACAUAGAGGAGCACAGCUUCAUCAUAUCACAGAGCGGAUACUUGCCUACUGAUGUACUCUGGAUUGGUCUGAAUGAUCAGAAGAUUCAGAACCUGUUUGAGUGGACAGACCGAUCACAUGUCACCUUUACUAAGUGGAUAGUUGGGGAACCAUCUCACGCCACAAACCUCAUGGAAGACUGUGUUCUCAUUAAAGGAAAGGAGGGAAAGUGGGCAGAUUACUCAUGUGAAACAGAGCUUGGCUACAUCUGUAAGAAGAAAGCAUCCAGCAAACCUGACGGCGCUCCGGAGGUGAUCAGUCCUGGAUGCCAAGCUGGCUGGAGUAGAUAUGGCUCUUACUGUUAUAAUAUUGCCAUGGAAACCAAAACUUUUGACGAGGCCAAACAAAUAUGUGAGCAGACUGGAGCUAACCUGGUUGAUGUUUCCAACAGGUAUGAGAAUGCUUUUCUCAUUAGCCUUGUUGGUCUCCGGCCUGAGAAACACUUCUGGAUUGGUUUGUCAAAUACCGAACAAGCUGACCGCUUUCUAUGGAGCAAUGGCGAUAAAGUAACAUUUACACACUUUAAUGUAGGGUUGCCAGAUAAGCACCAGGGUUGUGUUGCCAUGUUAACAGGAUUGUCAGCAGGAUUAUGGGAUGUUCUGGCCUGUAAUAUAAAAAAUAAGUACAUCUGCAAAAAAAUGGCUGAAGGUGUUACAACCACUCGAGAGCCGCCAACGACUCAACCACUCAGCUGCCCAGAUGAAUGGAUUAAAAAAGAUCCACACAAUUGCGUUCGGAUAUACCUGAAGCAAAAGGACGAGAAGAAGACUUGGUUUGAAGCUCGUGAUUUCUGUCGAGCCAUUGGUGGGGAUUUGGCGAGCUUUCACUCUCGAAAAGAAUUUCACUCGAUGCAGUUUAUUUCCAGGGAAUCAUUGUGGAUAGGCUUGAAUUCGCUGGACAGUAAUGCUGGUUUUGUUUGGUCUGAUGAAACCCCUACUGAUUUUGAUCACUGGUCUUCCGGGGAACCGAACAACUACAAUAAACAGGAGCACUGUGCUGAAAGCUUUUUUCACGGGUGGAACGAUAGGGAUUGUGACGCCUAUAAUAACUGGAUCUGCCAGAUACCAAUAGGCACAACUCCAAAAUCCCCUCCAUCUCCUUCAACACAGGUGGAAUAUAACAAGACUGCUGAUGGCUGGAUCCUGUUCAACAAUAGUCAGUACUUUAUUAAUAACGACCUCAUGACUAUGGAAGAUGCUCGCAUGUUUUGCAAGAAAAACCAUGCUGAUCUUGUCGUCAUUACUGGCCAAACCGAGAGAAAGUUUUUAUGGAAGCAGAUUUCUAGAGGAGCAGAGACUCAGUACUACAUUGGCAUGACUGUGGGGUUGGACAAAUCUUUUUUUUGGUUGGACGGUUCACCUGUCGUAUACACUUCAUGGGAUCAAAAUGAACCAAAUUUCUCCAACAAUGAUGAAAACUGUGUGACCAUUUACAUGAAUACGGGAUUUUGGAAUGAUGUGAACUGUGGUAAUGCCUUACCCUCGAUCUGUAAAAGAAGUUUAGAUUUUGUCAACACCACCAUGACCCCCUCCACUGAAUCACCAGGAGGUUGUGCACCUGACUGGACAAGAUUCCACGGCAGAUGCUACAUUUUAAUUGACAAAAAGAUGUCCUGGCAUGAUGCCCGGGACCACUGCAGAUCACACGGAGGAAACCUGGUGUCCAUUCAGAGUAAUCGAGAGCAAGCUUUUCUUACUACUGCCAUGCUUGGAUCAUCGGAUGAUGUGUGGACUGGUUUUAAUGAUGUUACCUGGGAAAUGCAUUUCUUGUGGACUGAUGGUACAGGUGUCAGCUACACAAACUGGGCUAAAGGUCAACCUGAAUCAAUGAUAGAUACACAUAUGAGGAUAAUUCACCUCAUUGACUUAGACUAUGAGGAUUUGGACCAUGGUUGGCCCAGGUUUGGCCAUCACCCUUUCAGAAUACCAGAAGUACAGAAUUCUGACUGUGUCGUCAUGAUGAGAUACCCUGAGAAGAUGACGGGUUUGUGGAAAGUUGAGCACUGUGAAGAUCAGAAAAGAUUCAUUUGCAAGAGGAAAACUGAUGCUCAGCUUCCUAGUCCGGUGACUACGGCAAUGCCUCAAAAGUUCUUCACUCUGGGCAACGAUUCAUACAAGGUGCAGAUGGAGAAAAUGAGCUGGGAUGAAGCCAGGAGACAGUGUAAAGCAGAUGAUGCGGAUCUAGCUAGUGUACUGGACUCCAUCGGUCAGGCGUACACCAUCCUCAGAGUCAGCGAACUCAAAGAACCGCUGUGGAUCGGACUGAACAGCAACCUGACAGGUGGGCAGUACCGCUGGGUGGAUAACUGGCAUCUGAGAUACAGUAAAUGGGCAAAAGGAGAGCCCAGAAAUAAUUUAGCCUGUGUAUAUAUUGACACGGAUGGUGACUGGAAAACCACAGCAUGCAACAGCACUUAUUAUUCCCUCUGCAAACGAUCUACAGUUAUUGCCCCCACAGACCCCCCUCAGAUGCCCGGGAACUGCCCUGAGUCAGAGAGACAUAAAACAUGGAUCCCUUUUAGAGGACACUGUUAUGCCUUUAUGAACUCCAUUUCAAACAACUGGGCUCACGCUACAGUGGAUUGCAUGAGGAUGGGUGCAUCAUUAGUGAGUAUUGAAGACCCAAUUGAAUCUCAGUUUAUUAGUCAGAAUGUGGAGAUUCUGCAGGAUGAAAGCAGAUCAUUCUGGAUCGGCAUGCACCGCAGUCAUAUAGGUGAAUGGAUUUGGAUCGAUAAUAUGGUUGUAGAUUACACAAACUGGAUACCGCGGAUGCCCAGUAACAAUGACAAAUGUGUGGAGGUCCAGUCCAACAAUGGGAUGUGGAGUACCGCCAACUGCGUUAGUCGCAAGAAUUACAUUUGCAAGUCGGCGAAAGUUAUACCACCGACAGAGAAACCAUCAGUUACACCACAGACAGAGAAACCAUCAGUUACACUGCCUGUGUUGAAAGACAAGCCUACCAGCCACACUGGCAUCAUUGUUGGAGUGGUUUUUGUCAUAGUUGCUGUGGUGGGUCUCUCCGUAUUUCUGUUCUUUAAGAAAAUCCAUCGGCCUUACAUUGGAGAGUGUUCAUUCGACAACAGACUCUACGUCAUCUCUGAUCAGACAAGCUCUCCUACCACUACUGAUACAAAUAAACUCAUGGACAACUUUUAACAGAAUGAGCACACCUAAAAUAUAAUACACACAUAGAGACACACACAACCAUCACUAUGACAGUACUUUGCAAAUAAAGCAUUAAGAAACAUCACACAAAAUAUUUUUUAUAUUUCUGAAUAUUUUGAAUUCAUAUAGGAGGCGAACAGAGAAUAUCAUGCAUACAUUUGAGGUUUUUACUACAUGUUCUCAUAAGCAUAUUUCAUUUAUACAGGUAUGUGAUUUAAUGAGUAUGUGUAAAUAAUUUUUUGUAUGAAGAGAUAAAACUGAUGUUGUAACAUUUACCCUCUCUCUGAAGUCUUUGUUCUAAAGAUGUGUUAAGAGCUAAUAUACUUAUUUGAUAUUUUUGUUCAAGGUGAUUCUAUCAAAAUAUUUUCAGUAGCUGUCCAAUAAGUGACAGGGUAGAAGGCCUAUUUGGGAUAAAAGCCCCCUUGUUGCAGGGGCUAAAGCCCCUCCAUAAAACACAUUGUUUUUCACAUUGUGGGGUGAAGAGAUUUGUUAUGAAAAAUGUCCAAAGUGGGCUCCCGUUGACUGAUCCAGUCACUAUGGAGGUUCAUUUGUUUAUAGAAUACUUGAGAUAUUCUGAAAUGCCAAAUGUGAUGAAAAUAAACAGAA